UGGAAAGAGGGACAACAUUUGAAAUGUCAAUAAAUAAAAUAACCAAGUUUUUAAAAAGAAGUGACCAGCAUCACUGAGAAGAAAUCUUCUGGAGGUUUCGUUUUCUGAGAGCAGAGAGAAGCUGUGUUCCAGAGACAGAUGUUGCGCUGGCAGCCGGGUUUAGUAAUAUUUAAGAGUCACCAGGUGACACUGGUUUUAAAGGCACGAAGGGAUCAUAGAAAGCAGCAGAGGCUGGGGACUGUGAGAGGCCAUUGGUGAAGGUGCAGCCUCAGGGGCAGCUGAAGGCCCAGGAUUGAAGGGCCUGUGCUGACAAACUGAGGCUUGGUACCAGGAAGCCAACCUGAGAGGCCAUUGCUGAAAGUGCAGUCCAGUUACAGCAGAAGACCCCGACGUUUUACAGAUGCUAGCACCAUGGGAUGACCACCAAGAACAGCAGCAGCCAUGGAGUGGAGCCAGCUGGAGCCUAGAAGACAAGCUGUGUGUGCUGCAGAGGGCGGAGCCAGAGACGUGACCCACGCCCUUUGGAAGAGCCCAGAACAUUGCGAGUGGAUCUCAGACACUGGCCGGUCACCCUGAAGCCAGGCUUCCCAGGACAGUAUAGAGGCACGAGGUUAUGGAUACCACUGUGUCUCAUUGUACACAUGGAAGACAGAAGGACAGCAAUUGGCAGUACUGCUAACCCCAUGAGACAGUCUCUGAGGAGGCACUCACACUGGAGGACCUCAGGAAGUGACCUCACUUGCUUAAAAGUCCAGAUGAGGUCAUAAUGCUGGCUCCCAGGUAACCAGAGCCAACAGUUGCCUUACCCGACUUACUUGUUUGGAGGCUGUUGACACAGAGAGAUGUUCUCUUGUUUCAGGUCUUCCCAUGGCUCAGGCCACAAAAAAGCCAAGAGGAGUCGUCUUGGACGCCUGUGGAGACGUUUGAUCCACCCUCUGAUACAGAGUUCCCACAGGGAUCCCCGGGUAAUGAGGGCCAGCCUGUAGCAGGGAACAGUCUGGAUGGCCCCCUAACCCCUGAGGUCCCUGCCUGGAUGUGUGUUCCUGUGAGACGCUGAGGAACGUUCUUUAUGCUCCCUCUUCAAUGGUCAGUAGUGGAUUGCUGAUGUCUCUGAGUUUCUACAUUUAUACCCUCUUGCCUUCCUAGGACUGUCCUCAGAAUAAACAGGAGCCAGGCUCUAAGCCUGAACCCUUUAGGACCAUCGACAAGAACAGAAGAUGCAUUGAAGAAAUACUCUACAAUAUCCCACGUGCUGUUCAGCACAACGACCUCACCUCCAUCAGCAUUUUUCUAGACAUCUUCAGAAACUAUGUUACCACCUGGGAGGUGCUGGACCAAAUGAUGAGGAUGUGAGUGCUACAUCCAACACGGGGUUUCCCAGGGCUCUGCUCUUCUCCAGGACUCUGUGCUCCCAGGACAAUGACGAUUGUACCCUGGCAGUGUUGGUCCUGGAUCUCAGCUCACAAAAUGACAUGGCCACAUAUGGGGUUGGGGGGCUCUAAUUCGUGUCUUUCCCUGUCCCCAGGUAGUGUCAAACACUGCCAUCUCUGGUGUCUUUGGCAGAGCUCUUUCCCCAUUGGUAUAAAAGGUUCUAGGUCCCGUCUGACGUCUAUGGAUUAAUGGAAGCAGACAAGGGUCCCUGGGGGACCACCUAAGAAUCCCGGGACCAAGCAAGAGCCCUGUCAGGGAGCAGGGAGGCUUCCCCUGAUUGUGUGCACAUCCCUUAAGACCCAUGAGCACAGCAUGGAGGUCACAACAGUACAGAGAGACCCUAGGACCCAUACUCCCUUUCUAGAUACCUCAGACUCAAGUAGCUUCCUGUAGAUCUAUUAGUAGGUUGGAGAAACAAGGCCCUAAUGGUGACCCCCUCCUGGAAUGCCACAGGUAUGGUAACUUCGGGCCUGACUCUAUGUGGGAUGAACAAAUAAAGAGUGCCAUCUUCACUUUCUUGUUAUACUGGCUUCAGAAAUUUCCUGAUGAUUUUUGUGAAUCAACAAACUUCAACCUGGUGAAUCAUGUAAGGGUGUAUGUGAAGAUGAAUUCUGCAGAGGGAGAUCCCCAAGCCAGGGAGCUUUUCUUAGUGCUGGAGGAUCUCGAGGAGGAAUAUCUAAAGCUUGAGACAGAUUUCAUAACAACUCCAAAGGCCCAAGUGCAGGAGGAUGACCAAGUCUAUGGAAUUCAAGAGAGUCUGCCUUCAAGUCCAGCUUCUAUGGCAGAGCCAGAGGGAGGCCUGCUACCCCUAGAGGACACUGAGCUCUUGGAAACAACAAUUGUACAACCCUUUGAGGCAGAAGCUGGUCCAGUGCAGCUUCCAACUUUACAUCAAUCUCUGCCCAUAGCAGCUGCUCCACAGUCACCUGGAGAUGUGUCUGCAGAUGGGGCUGCAGAUGGAGCUGCAGGUGGGGCUGCAGAUAUGGCUGCAGGUGUGUCUGCAGAUGUGGCUGCAGAUGGGGCUGCAGGUGUGGCUGCAGAUGUGGUUGCAGAUGUGGCUGCACAUGUUUCAGCUUUUGAGUACAUAGUUUUCUCGACUGUUGUGCAAUUAGGUGCACCAGAGUGUUUUUUCCCUUUGCCUGAGGUGGACAUAUAGCUAGGACAAUUAAUUUGCUUAGUUGU